CGUACAACAUCCAACAAUUCUUCUUAGUUUUUCGAGGGAAAACGUGAUUGUUUGAAAAGACCGUUGCAGUAUUCAAUUUCUUGUGUGGCAUAUGGAAAAAGACGACGAUACUUGUACCCCUUUUGCCGAAGAAGCUGCUAAUUUGAUUGCUGAAACACUUCACGUUUAUGAUAGAAUAAAACAGUUGGGCGGGAUAGAUAAUAAUAUAGACACCAAUCUCAGCUCUUUGUUGUUAACGGAAGGUCUGGAUCAAUUCGUUGCGGCUAAUCUGCAAGAGAGAGAUGAAACAUAUGAAUCUAGAAGAAUUGCUUUUUUUGAUUCCAGUGACGAAAGUAGUUCAGUAAGUACAACCAAUACAACGAUACUGAACGUUCCAGCUUCUGCCAACGCACUCAACUCCCAAGUUUCUUGUUCUUAUCAGCAUAAAGACGAAUCAGUUGAAAGAACAACUUGUAAAGAAAGUUCUCACUCAGUUUGUUCGCAUAACAAGGUACAAGAGGAGGUGAUUGAAGUGGAAGACAGUCAUAGCUUACAAAAUAUAUCACGUGACAGUAGUCACUUAUUGAUUCACCAUAGACCAGAAGGUUUUGCCAAAAGAAAGAAAGAAAGAAAAGGAUGGACGCGACAGAGUCUUAAAAGUAUACUUCGAAACUUGAAAGAGGUUUUGAAUUCGAUGGAAGAAAAGGUUGUGGGGUAUGAAAGUGAGCCACUGCAUAGCCACAAAGGGGAGAAUAAGGAUUUGCUUGUUCUUAAGAGACCUAAAAAGGAACAAAACAAACACGUAUCAAGUUUGGCUAACGAUAGGUCAUUCUCUGAAGGUAGAGAUAGAAUGACUUCACAUAGAAAAGAGUUAUCAACUUCAAUUUCUUAUGCUACCAUAGAAAACAUGUCUACACAGUGGCUUGAUAAUAACUAUGAUAGCAAGGAAAGUUUAUUGAAUGAUUUGCAGUCCAUUACCAAGUUCUUCUUAAGAACAUUGAGGAGUGAUUGGAAGGACGUAUUGCCAAGUGGCUUGAGCGCGGACAAGUUAUUGGAAAAGUCACACUGGAGCCCCAAAGAACUCUUUCAUGUUUUAACUUUGAGUAUACAGUUCCUUUGUGGACGCUCAGCUGCAAUUUCUGAAAGAGAAUCCUGUUUGGAAGCUGAAAUGCGUAGAUUGGAAGAGUUUGAAAGACAGUUAGAUGUUCGGGAGGCUGCUGUAAUGAACAAAGAACGCAGUUAUUCUGGUGAUUCUACGAAGAAGACAGGAUCACAACAAAUACAAAAUGGUUGUGAAACAGUCAGACAAUUUGAAGACGGAAAGAGAUGUCAUUCGGAAACUUUGAAAAAGCAGACUGUUGCAUAUUUGUCUAUUCCUGCAUCGGAACUGACGAGUGAGCGCAAUAACUUGAGGGAUUCAGAAGAGUCUUCCAGAGUUGGCAUUGAAUCACAUCGUCAGUUAACUGAUUUACGUUCAAGAAUUCGUACUGCAGAGCAUCGUCUAAAGAAAGUGUGCAGGCACUUAACACGCUCGGGCAAGGACAGAGUUCCAUCUACUUAUUCAGGGCCAGAAUCGAGUCUUUCAGGAUGUGAGGAAGCUUCAGCGUUCUCAUGUGCUCAAUCAUCUAUGCAAAGUAAGAAUUCAAUGCACAAUGAAUUGGAAGAGCUCAGAACAGAGCUACUCCAACAUUACAGUGCAUUGCAAAACUCAUUAACGGAAGCUUUAAAGAAUAUUUCCAAUCGUAUAGAAGAGCAACGCAUUCAUCCACCAUUUGCUAUAGACACUGAAAAGCUCGAGAAGAAAGAAGGAACUAUGGAAACUUAUGAGAACCAUUCGAUGAGCAUGCUGAGAAACAUAGAAAGUUCUUCUUGUUGCCUUGAUACUCCUUCGCUGCUAGAUGCUUUGAGCGCAACAGAAAGGGAGUGGAUAAGGCGACUGGAAGUAUUGAAAGCUAUCAUCUCUCAAAAUAGACAAUGCAAGCAAGACUUUAUUGAAACCAUUCCAAAGUUGACUGGGGAAGCAUGUGGAGAUAUCACAAAUACUCAGAAAUGGAAUGAUUUCAUUAUUGCAUUUGUAAGAGAGAACGAAGCGCUCGAUGUGUAUUGGAAACGUGCUUUGGAUAGCAUUCCUGAACAAUUGGAACACACCUCUGCAUCGGAGACUGCUCUCUCCGACAAGGUUUGACUCUUUGUUGAUUAGUUAUUUUAUUUGUCUUUUGCCUAUUUAUUCUUACUUUCGCAUUUACUAGACAAAUGUUCCUAUUCAGAGCACUCUCUUCCAGUUAGAAAGUAUUGCUCUUCAAAGAAUUCUAUAAAAUGAGCUAUCAGUCG